AUGAUGAAACUGUAAACUUGUGUUAAUGGAAAACCUUAAUAAAGAACUUAAUAGAUAAUUUAGAAGUUAGAGAAGGAUUAUUAAAAUUUUCAAAAAAUAAAGCAAAGAAAUGCAAUUAGAGUUGAACGAUUGUUAUCAAUAAAUUUGAAAGAUUUGGGAUAUGUUUGCAACUAUAGCUUGACAAUAGAUAAUAAGGUUGAGAAUCGUAAAUGUUUUAGAAGCAAGAAAAAAGAUCUUUAACUUAAAUUGGAGUAACUUAAAAAUUUCUAAAAUAUUCGAUAUGAAUCAAGCCUAUCUCCAUAUAAAAAUUAUUGGUAAACAUGAAUAAUUAAAUGUUUAGGGCAAGACUAGCAUAUAGGCAAAGUCAUUUAGGAAGUGAUAGAGAGCAUAAAAUCAUUUGA